AUGGGCAGGACCACUCUGGAAGCUGAAAGUGCAGCUCAGGGCAGAAACUUUGGGGGACCAAGGUGUCAACAAAACCACGUAGAAAGCAGACCAAGAGACAGGAGGACCUUAGCAGGGGUGGCUGGAGUUUUGGGAGCUGGCUGGGUGUCUGUGGAGACACUGGACAGCAGAGACUCACAGCAGAGCUCAGAGGUCCCCAGUGAUCAGUCUGCACAGCAGCAUCAAACACAGCUGGACUCCAUAUUUAUGCUGCUGGAGGAGAACAUCAUCACUUUUGUGAAGAAUGAGCUGAAGAGAGUCCAGAGGAGUCUGAGUCCAGAUGACCCAGAAUGCUUAGAGAGUCAGAGUGAGGACGAGGAGGUGUUGGAUGGUGAGGAGGAAGAGCAGAGGAGGAGCAGCAGAGAGGCAUUUGUGAAGAUCACACUGCACUUCCUGAGGAGAAUGAAGCAGGAGGAGCUGGCUGAGCGUCUGCAGAGAGGAACUCAUGCUGCAAAGUGUCGACGUAAACUCAAGUCUAACCUGGAGAAGAAGUUCCAGUGUCUGUUUGAGGGGAUCGCUAAAGCAGGAAACCCAACCCUUCUGAAUCAGAUCUACACACCGCUCUACAUCACAGAGGGAGGGACCGCAGAGGUCAAUGAGGAACAUGAGGUCAGACAGAUUGAAACAGCAUCCAGGAAACCAGUCAGACCAGAAACAACAAUCAGACAAGAAGACAUCUUUAAAGCCUCAUCUGGAAGAGAUGAACCAAUCAGAACAGUGAUGACAAAGGGAGUGGCUGGCAUUGGGAAAACAGUCUUAACACAGAAGUUCACUCUGGACUGGGCUGAAGACAAAGCCAACCAGGACAUACACUUCACAUUUCCAUUCACUUUCAGAGAGCUGAAUGUGCUGAAAGGGAAAAAGUACAGCUUGGUGGAACUUGUUCAUCACUUCUUCUCUGAAACCAAAGAAGCAGGAAUCUGCAGGUUUGAAGAGUUCCAGGUUGUGUUCAUCUUUGACGGUUUGGAUGAGUGUCGACUUCCUCUGGACUUCCACAACACUGAGAUCCUGACUGAUGUUACAGAGUCCACCUCAGUGGAUGUGCUGCUGACAAACCUCAUCAGGGGGAAACUGCUUCCCUCUGCUCGCCUCUGGAUAACCACACGACCUGCAGCAGCCAAUCAGAUCCCUCCUGAGUGUGUCGGCAUGGUGACAGAGGUCAGAGGGUUCACUGACCCACAGAAGGAGGAGUACUUCAGGAAGAGAUUCAGAGAUGAGGAACAGGCCAGCACCAUCAUCUCCCACAUCAAGACAUCACGAAGCCUCCACAUCAUGUGCCACAUCCCAGUCUUCUGCUGGAUCACUGCUACAGUUCUGGAGGAUGUGUUGAAAAGCAGAGUGGGGGGAGAGCUGCCCAAGACCCUGACUGAGAUGUACAUCCACUUCCUGGUGCUUCAGACCAAACUGAAGAACAUCAAGUAUGAUGGAGGAGCCGAGACAGAUCCACACUGGAGUAGGAAGAGCAGGAAGAUGAUUGAGUCUCUGGGAAAACUGGCUUUUGAGCAGCUGCAGAAAGGCAACCUGAUCUUCUAUGAAUCAGACCUGACAGAGUGUGGCAUCGAUAUCAGAGCAGCCUCAGUGUACUCAGGAGUGUUCACACAGGUCUUUAAAGAGGAGAGAGGGCUGUACCAGGAUAAGGUGUUCUGCUUCGUCCAUCUGAGUGUUCAGGAGUUUCUGGCUGCUCUUCAUGUCCAUCUGACAUUCAUCAAGUCUGGAGUCAAUCUGCUGGAAGAACAACAAACAACAUCCCAGAAGUCUGAAACAAUAAAAGAAGAAUCUGCAGUGACACGUUUGUACCAGAGUGCUGUGGACGAGUCCUUAAAGAGUCCAAAUGGACACCUGGACUUGUUCCUCCGCUUCCUCCUGGGUCUUUCACUGCAGACCAAUCAGACUCUCCUACGAGAUCUGCUGAGACAGAAAGGAAGUAUCUCACAGACCAAUCAGGAAACAGUCGAGUACAUCAAGGAUAAGAUCAGUGAGAAUGUGUCUGCAGAGAGAAACAUCAAUCUGUUCCACUGUCUGAAUGAACUGAAUGAUCGUUGUCUCGUGGAAGAGAUCCAACUGUACCUGAGACCAGGAAGUCUCUCCACAGAUAAACUGUCUCCUGCUCAGUGGUCAGCUCUGGUCUUCAUCUUACUGUCAUCAGAAAAAGAUCUGGACGUGUUUGACCUGAAGAAAUACUCUGCUUCAGAGGAGGCUCUUCUGAGGCUGCUGCCAGUGGUCAAAGCCUCCAACAAAGCUCUGCUGAAUGACUGUAACCUCUCAGAGAGAAGCUGUGCAGCUCUGUCCUCAGUUCUCAGCUCCAAGUCCUCUAGUCUGAGAGAUCUGGACCUGAGUAACAACAACCUGCAGGAUUCAGGAGUGAAGCAGCUUUCUGCUGGACUGGAGAGUCCACACUGUGGACUGGAAACUCUCAGGUUGAGUGUCUGUAACCUGUCAAAGAGAAGCUGUGCAGCUCUGUCCUCAGUUCUCAGCUCCCAGUCCUCUAGUCUGAGAGAUCUGGACCUGAGUAACAACAACCUGAAGGAUUCAGGAGUGAAGCAGCUUUCUGCUGGACUGGAGAGUCCACACUGUGGACUGGAAACUCUCAGACUGAGUGGCUGUAACCUCUCAGAGAGAAGCUGUGCAGCUCUGUCCUCAGUUCUCAGCUCCCAGUCCUCUAGUCUGAGAAAUCUGGACCUGAGUAACAACGACCUGCAGGAUUCAGGAGUGAAGCAGCUUUCUGCUGGACUGGAGAGUCCACACUGUGGACUGGAAACUCUCAGGUUGAGUGGCUGUAAGCUCUCAGAGAGAAGCUGUGCAGCUCUGUCCUCAGUUCUCAGCUCCCAGUCCUCUAGUCUGAGAGAUCUGGACCUGAGUAACAACGACCUGCAGGAUUCAGGAGUGAAGCAGCUUUCUGCUGGACUGAAGAGUCCACACUGUGGACUGGAAAGUCUCAGUGUGUCAGGAUGUCUGGUCACAGAGGAAGGCUGUGCUUCUCUGGCCUCAGCUCUGAGCUGCAACCCCUCCCAUCUGAGAGAGCUGGACAUGAGCUACAAUCAUCCAGGAGACUCCGGAGAGAAGCUUCUGUCUGCUGGACUGAAAGAUCCACACUGGAGACUGGACACUCUCAGGAUGGACCAUGGUGGACCACAGAGACUGAAACCUGGUCUGAGGAAGUAUGCCUGUGAACUGGAACUGGACCCAAACACAAUGCACAGAAAACUCAAACUGUCUGACAACAACAGGAAGGUGACACGUGUGGAGGAGGAUCAGUCAUAUCCUGAUCAUCCAGACAGAUUUGAUCACUGGCCUCAGGUGCUGUGUAAAAAUGAUCUGACUGGUCGCUGUUACUGGGAGGUCGAGUGGAGAGGAAGAGUUUCUAUAUCAGUGAGUUACAGAAGAAUCAGGAGGAAAGGACAAAGUUAUGACUGUAGGUUUGGAUGGAAUGAUCAGUCCUGGAGACUGAGGUGCUAUGAUGUUGAUGGUUACUCUGUCAGGCACAAUAAGAGAGAAACACCCAUGUCCUCCUCCUCCUCCUCCUCCUCCUCCUCCUCCUCCUCCUGCUCCUCCUCCUCUGUCUCUAACAGAGUAGCAGUGUAUGUGGACUGUCCUGCUGGCACUCUGGCCUUCUACAGAGUCUCCUCUGACACACUGAUCCACCUCCACACCUUCAACACCACAUUCACUGAAACUCUGUAUGCUGGGUUUAGAGUCUGGUGGUCUGGGUCCUCAGCAACUCUGGUUCCUCUGUAGGAGGGAGAGUCUCUCUGGUUCCUCUGUAGGAGGGAGAGUCUCUCAGACAGAAACUCUGCUGACUGAAGAUCAGCUGCUGAAAUCAAACAUCACACACACUCUGCACUGUGAAGCAGAUCUGUCUCAGACUCAAACACUCAGUUAUUUUUCCUUCUACAUGAUUCAUUGAUUAGUGUCAGUUGACUCUGCUGUUGUUACUGUCAGGAUCCAAUGAGCAGCAUGCAGCUCUAUUCAUGUUUCAAU